AUGGAACAAACCGCUCUAGCGCUGCGCACAGCCGCUCAGAAGCUGCGUCCCUAUUUCCAAGCUCACCCUAUAACCGUUCUCACCAAUCAACCUCUCAGGAAUAUCCUUCAUAAACCCGACAUAACAGGCAGGAUGAUGCGGUGGGCAAUAGAAUUGAGCGAAUAUGGAAUAGGAUAUCAACCCAGGUUAUCUCUAAAAGGGCAAGUCAUGGCAGAUUUUAUAACAAAAUUGCCCGAAGCAAGCGCCCCGGAUAAAGCAUCAACUCCAGAUAAUUGGUGGUUUCUGUAUGUUGAUGGAGCCUCCCGCUCGUCCGGAUCAGGGGUUGGACUCCUUCUCAAAACGCCAACCGGAGAACGAUUGGAGCAAUCCAUCCGACUGAAUUUUCCCGCCUCAAACAAUGAGGCUGAAUAUGAGGCCAUCCUAUCCGGAUUGAACCUUGCAAUCACUUUGAACGCCUCAAAGCUUAAAAUACACAGCGACUCUCAGCUCGUUGUGGGGCAAAUAUUAAAAGAAUAUGAGGCUAAGGAUGAGCGCAUGGCUAAAUACUCAUUAAAAGUACAAGAGUCACUCAACCGGUUGGAAGAAUGGGUCAUUGAAAAAAUACCAAGGGGAGAUAAUGUGCAGGCUGACGCUUUGGCAGGAAUAGCUGCAUCAUUUCCUAUAAAAGAGUCAACAAUGCUACCAAUAUAUGUUCAAAUCACUCCCGCCAUUGUUGAAUCACACGUCUGCAACGUGAGCCCAAAGGAAAAUGACUGGGCUAUCGACAUCAGAGUUUACUUACAAUCGGGGGCAUUACCUGAAAAUUCCAAGCAUGCCCACAAAGUCCGGGUACAAGCAUCUCGCUUUACCCUGAUCGGAGGUGAUCUCUAUAGGCGAUCCUUUGGAGGUCCAUACCUCAAGUGUUUAAUCCAACCGGAUAUCCAAUAUGUUCUAUCCGAACUGCACGAAGGCAUCUGCGGGAACCACUCAAGGGGCAGAACCCUAGCGCACCGGGCGCAUUCACAAGGAUAUUAUUGGCCUACAAUGAGGCAAGACGCAGCUACCCAUGUCAGGAAGUGCGACAAAUGUCAAAAGCAUGCGCCAAUCCCGCAUAUGCCCGCUGAGAUGCUAAAUUCAGUAACAAGCCCCUGGCCAUUUGCACAAUGGGGGAUGGAUAUCAUGGGACCCUUUCCUACUGCACCCGCUCAAAAGAAGUUUCUGCUCGUUGCUACCGAUUAUUUUAGUAAGUGGGUAGAAGCUGAAGCCUACGCAAGCAUCAAGGACAAAGACGUCAAAAGAUUCGUCUGGAAAAAUAUAGUAUGUCGAUUCGGAAUCCCUCAGGCAAUUGUAACUGACAACGGCCCUCAGUUUGAUACCAAAGGAAAGUGGGUUGAAGAGCUACCCGACGUCCUAUGGGCCUACCGUACCACACCCGGAAGGCCAACAGGAAAUACUCCGUUUGCCCUUGCAUACGGAACAGACGCCAUCAUCCCAACUGAAGUAGGAAUGCCAACGGCCCGAACUGCUAUCCAAGGCCAAAGAAACGAAGACGACGAGCUUGCAAAGCACUUGGAUUGGGCAGAUGAGGCUAGAGAAACAGCAUCCAUCCGGAUGGCUGCAUAUCAACAAAAGGCAGCAGCAUACUACAACAGAAAGGUGCGACCUCGAAUUUUCAAGGAAGGUUCAUUAGUACUUAGAAAGGUUUUUGAAGACACAGCUGAGAAAGGAGCCGGAAAGCUUCAAGCCAAUUGGGAAGGCCCUUAUAUGGUGUCAAAAGCAAACGAAAAUGGGUCAUACCAUUUGCGAACCUUAAGUGGAACCCCUCUACUUCGUCCUUGGAAUGCAGCCAAUUUGAAGUAA